AUGGGAGUUGAUGGCAAAGCGAUUCCAAGUGUUGAUGGCGAAGCUAUUCCAGGGGUAGACGACGAGCAACAGGCGGGCUUCGAAAUUUUUGGAGCAAAGUCUUCGAUUGUGUUCUUCCUGGUGGGGGGAAAUCUUUUGGGGAGAAAAGUUGCAAAGGAUAAAGAAAAAAAAAGAAGAGUCCUAAACUACAUCAUUUUUUGA